AAAAGCCAAACAAAACAAAUUAUCCCAAACAAAACGAAUCAAUACAAAAGAAGCCGCGAAAAUGAAUCAAACACAAGUGAAUAAUUUUCUGAAAUGCUUCCUGCAAAUUGAUGGAAGCAACAGCCACUGGACGGCACGUCACGACGAGGAUGAGGAGGCUGAUCACGAUCACGAGCACGACCACGACGAUGACGACACGAGUGGGGUGCUGAUAGCGAAGGUAACGGCGAUGGUGGUGCUCUGCUUUGCCAGCACAAUCUGCGGAUCGAUACCCUUCCUGCUGAAUCGCUGCUACCGCUGGACGGAGAACCAUACAAAUGCCCGAUCGGCGACAGUGGUCAAGUGCCUCCUGUACUUUGGCGGAGGAGUCCUGCUGGCCACCACCUUUCUGCACCUGCUGCCAGAGGUCCAGGAGGUUGUGGAGGAGCUUCAGGAGUGCGGCAUCAUUGGGGAGCUUAGCUUCCCGCUGGCGGAGCUUCUCAUGUGCUGCGGCUUCUUCCUGAUGUACUUCAUCGAGGAGGCCAUGCACACGUAUGUGGACAGGCACCAGCAGGAUCCGGCCGGAGCGGCCUUUGAGCGGGGACACAGCAUCCGCAACAGCCAUCUGCUCAAGGCGAAUGAGCCCAGUGCUCCGACUGAAAAUGGAGGCAGCAAUGCGCCAUCCGAGAUGGGAACACUCUCCGUGCAGAAUCUCCUGCAGAACGAUCUCGAGCAACAGAAGUUUGGCGCCAAGCAGCAGCAGGCUCUGCCCCACGACAGCCACAUGCAACAUCAUAGCCACAGCCACAGCCACAGCCAUGGGCACGGACACGGACACAGCCACCUUCCCGUCGUAAUGGACGAUGCCUCCCCCACGGACAUACUGACCUCCUCCCUGCGCGGACUCUUCAUUGUCUCGGCACUGUCCCUCCACGAGCUCUUCGAGGGCAUGGCCAUUGGCCUGGAGAGCUCCGCCAGCUCCGUGUGGUUCAUGUUCGGAGCCGUGUCCGCCCACAAACUUGUGCUUGCCUUCUGUGUGGGCGUGGAGCUAAUUGUGGCCCGCACUCGCCUCCCGCUGGCCAUCCUGUACGUGCUGACAUUCGCCGUUGUCAGUCCGCUGGGCAUUGGCAUUGGUAUCUUGAUCAGCAACGGUCAGGAGACGGGCCCCAAUCUGGCGUCAGCCAUUCUGCAGGGCUUUGCCUGCGGCACACUCAUCUAUGUGGUGUUCUUCGAGAUCCUGUCGAAGAACAGAUCCGGACUGCGCGCCUACAUGGCCCUCUUCGUGGGCUUCCUCGUCAUGUUCGGGCUGCAGCAGAUCAGUGCCAGUGGUGGACACGGGCACAGCCACAGCCACGGCAGCUGCUCGGCCCACACAGAUGAUCACCAAGAGACUGAGACCAGGUCGGGUUCGGGUUCGGGUUCGGGAGGUCACUCACACUCACAUGACCACGAACACGCCCACCUGCCCCCACAUCACAAUCACGCCGAGGAGCUGGCCGCUGUCCACAAUUACGAGCAGCAGCUGCAGGUCCUGCGGCAGGUGACCCAAAAACUGCUUGAAGCCAAGAAGGACACUUAGGACAUAAGCUGCCUAGCAGAAUGUUUAUAUAUUUAUAAUAUUUGUAUAUUUAUGUAGAAAAUAAAGAGCAUGUACAUUAAGUAAACAC